GUUUUAUUGCUUUUAAAUACUGUAAUUUAGUGAAAAAUUACAGUAAAAACUGUAAACAUGUGCUUAAAUUGUUUACCUACAUUUGAAAAGUGUUUGUAUUGUAUUUCGUUGAGAGAUGCCGUUAUUAUUAUUUUUAAAGUGGGAUUGCUUCUCUAUACGCCUUUGUUUAUAUUGUCCAUAAUCGACGCUGAGAAGCUUGGCUUGGUGGACAUAGACGACGUCGGCUUCUGCUGCUGGUACACCAUUGUGAUGGGCAUCUGGAUUGGGACUACUGUUCUACUUUGCUUGGUCAUAUCGAGAUGUGUCAGGAACGAAGACGCGAGAGACAUAAUGUUACAAGUGUUCUUCUGGCUGGUGGUGGCCACGUCGCUAAUCCACCUGGUGUUCUGCCUGACGUACCUGGUGUUUUGUUGGAGCAAAUGCUUCACGGUGGCCAUGAUACACUUGGGCGCUUUUCUGGUGCAUCUCUUGAUCUCAGUGUACACCACCCUUAUCGUGAACAGCUACAGAAUGUCGCUUUUUUGAGGCUUGAGAGCUGAAAUGCAAAUGACGGGUGUGACGCUGCUGUGCAUCAUAGAGCAGAGGACGAACGCCAACUUCAAGAACCUGAAGAAUGUCACCGACAUUAACCAGCCAACAAAGGCCGUGUCAGCUGCUCACCAGGUCAUCGUGACGGGACUGUCGGGCAUGUCAAUAGUGUUCAUGAUCACAGGCUCUAUACUGCUUUUCGCUACAAUCACGGAUCAAGAAGGCCUAGUCCAAAUAUUCGUCUGGGUGACGUUCCUGAACGUUCUGGUCGGCUUCAUACUGACCUUCAUGGUGGGGUUCUCGUGUCUGUUCCGGUCGAGUUGCUUGCUGUCUAGCAUGGACUGGCUGUCGGGGUCGGCGCUGUUAGUGAUGUUCGUGGCUUACAUGUUCCUAUGGAUCUACUUCAUAGUAGUGGCGAACAGCUACGUACUGAAUGUCUUCGUGUAAAAAAAGAAGAUCCUUUGGUUUCGUAUUUAAUUUUGAAAGUCGGAUCGGAAUAAUCGAUUUAUGUUCUGUUGAUCAUGUUUGUACUGAAAUACGCUUUGUUUUGAUAAGUGUUUAUUUUUUUAGACUUUUUGAAUGUAUUUUUACAGUGUCAUGA